AAAGCUAACUACAAUGUAAUGCAUAAAUAUCCCACAUCAGGGCGAGCAUAGAGAAUGCACGUGUUUUUGUUUUUGAUUUAUUUUCGCAUCUUUACUGUUAGUUCUUUGGAAUCUCUCUUUUCGUUAUUAGUAGGCUGUAGUCAAUUGUCCGUGAAUCAGUUGCUCAAUCGUUUGCAAGCAAAAGUGACACAAAAUUUUAAAAGAUAAAGUUAUUUAUUAAAUUAAAAAUAGUACAAAGUUAAUAAAAAAAGGAUAAAAAGUUUAGAUGUCGAUACUAAAUAUUAAACGUUCCACAUUCAGUAUUCAACCAAUGUCUCAGUGUAAGUAUAUAUUAACUACAAUAAAAAUGUUGUAUAUAACUUGGCUUCAUAGAAAUGGGUUUACAGAUAGCGACGAAACAAGCUGCUGCCCAGGUUGUAGCAGCCUCAAGGAAAAUAUUGAGCAACAAUUUAAGCAGAUGAACAAUACUAUACAAAAGCUUCAAGAAACUAUUGUCAACCAAAAUGGCAUAAUUAUGAAGUCCUUAGCUGAGCAGAAAGUGUUGACGGAAAGGGUUCUUCACCAAGAGGUAUCCAACAAUAAUGUACGUGCAGUUUUCCCCAUAAAAAGUGUCAACGACUUACACGACUUCAAUACUAUUAUUAGUGAGGACAAUCGUGACCUCUACGUUAACAGGAUGAAGGCUUUGUUAAAAGGACGCCUGGCGAAAACGUUGACAGAUGUUAUUUCCCAAAGUGUGUGCAUAGAAGUCAAUUUGGAUGGAGUCCACGGCAAGAAGCGUUUGAAAGAUUUCAAAGCUUUUUACCAAACUUUAAUGGAUGCUUGUCGUUCGCUUGGUUUUGAAGACAACGAAAAGGAGAUAAGGAAUGCCUUAAAAAUCAUUAAAAAACGUCAUUUCCAUGCAGAAUGUUUAAAAAAUAAGAAGAAUAAAACAGAAAAUUAAUAAUUUA